AAAAAGGAGACUUAAAAUAAUACGGAAGCACAUGCGAACAAUGAAACGGGUUUUUUAAAUUCGGUUAGGCUCUGUAGUCAAGAGUGCACUAAAAUAAUACAAAUCGCAAUACAACUGCAGCAGUCGGAUAAAUACAUUGAACUACUACUGUAUGAAGCAUUUACAUACUGUACAUCAACAUUAACCAUCACUCUCAGUUGAAAUUUAUAACCGCAAAGGAUGAAGCUCAUCUCAACCGCAUGCGCGUGCCUAGUGCUCUCUGUAGCCCAGAAUGUAUUCGCACAAACGGAGAGCAUAGCGGACACCGAUGUUCCUGAAUCCACAGAAAGUGCAGUUGAAGCCGGGAUUGACGAAAUUGCAAAUGUCUCCGAUGAUAUACCGUGUUUGACUAUAGCUCAACUCUUGGACGAGCCCACCCUUAGUACCCUCAAAGCGGCAGUGGAAGCUGCCAACCUCACAAAUGUGCUAGAUGCCAUCGAGCCAGGGGUCCAAUACACAGUGUUCGCGCCUACUGACACCGCCUUCAACAAUACACCUGAGGGGACAGUAGAGUUCCUGGUAUCUCCCGAAGGAGCUGAGGAUCUGCUUGACCUGUUGCUAUACCACACGCUGCAGGGCGUGGAUCUGAGUUUUGAUGUAAAGAACUCCACCGCCGAAAUGUUGAACGGCCAGAACAUCACAGUCGCCGUCGCCGAUAACCGUACCGUCACCAUCAACGACGACGCCCACAUUGUCCAGGCAGAUAUCUCGGCGUGCAACGGCGUAGUGCAUAUCAUUGACUCUGUUCUCACCCCUCCAGAACGAAUGGAGGAGGAGAGUGAGUCUAUGGAACCCUCGGCAUCGGCCGAAGCGGAUGACACUGAAGAGGUCUCCGAGUCCAAUGCCGAAGAAGAAGUGGAGGAGGAAGAAGGUGGCAAGACAUGCAACACACUUGCAGACUUUCUGGACCUUCCCUCACUCUCUACGCUUAAGUUGGCUGUAACAACAGCAAACCUCACCUCGCAACUCACCGCCCUCGAGCCUGGAGUCAAGUACACCAUGUUCGCACCCACAGACGCGGCUUUCGGAGAACUCUCGGACGAGACACUCGAGUACUUGAUGUCCGCUGAGGGUGCGGAGGACCUUGUUGACGCGCUGCUAUACCACGUGGCCAAGGGUGUGGGCUUGUACGACGAAGUGCUGGCUGCGAUGCAAUCUGCUGGAAGCGGGGAUGUGGUGCUUCCAGUGCUAAACGGUCAGAACGUAACUGUGGCCUUAGAGGAUGACGAAAUCACAAUCAACGGAGCUAGCAUUGUCACGCGUGAUCUUGUCACAUGCAACGGAGUGCUGCACAUUAUUGAUACUGUACUUAUGUCGGAGGAAUCGGAGGUAGACGCAGAGCAGGAGACAGGUGUGAUAGCCGGAGAGCAGGUGGACGGCGUGGAUGUCGAGGGAGACGCAGAGCAGGUGGACGGAGUGGAUGUAGACGAGGGAGAAAAUCCAGAGCAGGUGGACGGAUUAGAGGUAGACGAGGGAGAGGACACACAGCAGGCAGACGAAGAGCAGGCAAAUGAAGGAGAUGACACAGAACAGGUAGACGGAGUGGAUGUAGACGAGGGAGAUGACACAGAGCAGGUGGAUGUAGACGAGGGAGAUGACACAGAGCAGGUAGACGGAGUGGAUGUAGAGGAGGGAGAUGACACAGAGCAGGUGGACGGAGUGGAUGUAGACGAGGGAGAUGACACA